UUUUAAAAACCAUCGUCCUUCCCUCUCCUCUCCUCUCCUCUCCUCCUCGAGAGCCCAAGAGCCGAAGCCCAGAGACCCAGCGCACCGGCACGGUUAGCAAGCAUGUCCAUGGCGGCGGUAGCGCUGUUCUCCCUGUCGCUGGCGAGCCUGUUCCUGUCAGCGUCGGCUGCAGCCACCGGCGCGGCGUCCCGGAGCCCGCCGAGGCCGGAGGGCGACCUCGUGGCCGGACUGCCAGGGCAGCCGGAGGUCGGGUUCAGGCACUAUGCCGGUUACGUCGGCGUCGGCGCCGGCGGUGACAAGGCGCUCUUCUACUGGUUCUUCGAGGCCGAGAAGGAGCCGGGCAAGAAGCCGCUCUUGCUCUGGCUCAACGGAGGUCCUGGAUGCUCCUCCAUCGCCUAUGGCGCCGCCCAGGAGCUGGGCCCGUUUCUGGUCAGGAGCAACAGUGAAAAUCUCACCCUCAAUGCCUACUCAUGGAACAAAGCUGUGAAUCUGUUGUUCCUUGAAGCCCCCGUCGGCGUGGGGUUCUCCUACACGAACCGGACGUCUGAUCUCCGGCGCCUCGGCGAUCGUGUGACGGCGCAGGACUCGUAUAGCUUCCUCCUCAACUGGCUGAACAAGUUUCCGGAGUUCAAGAACCGCGACUUCUAUAUUGCCGGAGAGAGCUAUGCUGGGCACUAUGUCCCACAGCUCGCAGAGCUAAUCUACGACGGGAACAAAGGGGCCAGCAGAGACAGAGUCAUCAACAUCAAAGGUUUCAUGAUCGGGAACGCGGUGCUGAACGACGCGACGGACCAGAUGGGCAUGGUGGAGUACGCGUGGAGCCACGCCAUCAUCUCCGACGAGCUCUACUCGGCGGUGCGGCGGGAGUGCGACUCGUUCAGGGAGGAGGAGGACGGCGGCAAGCCCGGCAAGGGGUGCUCCCCGGCCGUCCGCGCCUUCCUCAGGGCCUACGACGACAUCGACAUCUACAGCAUCUACACCCCGACGUGCCUAGUGUCUUCCUCCUCGUCCAUGCCGCGCCGCUCGUCUCCCAGGCUCGUCGCCGCCCCCCGCCUCUUCUCCAAGCACGAGGCGUGGCGCGGGAUGCAGAGCGUGCCGGCGGGGUACGACCCGUGCACGGAGGAGUACGUGGGGGUGUAUUUCAACCGGGAGGACGUGCAGCGCGCGCUCCACGCGAACCGGACAGGCCUGAGCUACCCGUACUCCCCCUGCAGUGAGGUCAUAAGCAAAUGGAACGACUCGCCGGCGACCGUGCUCCCCAUCCUGAAGAAGCUCAUGGGCGCCGGGCUGCGCAUCUGGGUUUACAGCGGCGACACGGACGGGAGGGUGCCGGUGACGUCGACGCGGUACAGCCUGAACGCGAUGAGGCUGCGGCCGCGGGCGCGGACGGGGAAGAAGGCCGCCGGCGCCGGCGCCGGCGCCGGCGACGGCGGGUGGCGCGCGUGGUACGACGGGCAGCAGGUGGGCGGGUGGGCAGUGGAGUACGAGGAGGGGCUGAUGCUGGUGACGGUGCGCGGCGCCGGGCACCAGGUGCCGCUGUUCGCGCCCAGGCGGUCGCUCGCCAUGCUCUACCACUUCCUCCGCGGCAGCUCCCUCCCCGCCUCGCGCUCCCGCUGACGCGUCCGCUGGCUGCUCAAAAGUGGCAGCGAUCGAUGGCUUAAGCUUUUGCUGACUUUGCUUGAUUGGAUAGCCGUAUGUUAUGGCUCAACUGUGUAACGAUCCGUGGAAUUGAAACUGGAAUCGCUUGUUCCGAUCCUCUCCUGGUAUAAGCAUUAAGCUCCGUGUGCUACUACGGUUACCAUAGCAGCAGUUGAACCCCCUAACGCUGUGUCACCCAAAAUCUGCGGUACCAACACUUUGAAGCUGCAAUGCUGCUAGUGUAAUAUAAUCCAUCCACACAGCCCAAGAACGAAGCCUGGUCAUUAAAAG